AUGUCACUGUUUCCAUCACUCCCUCUGCUUCUCCUGAUUGUGGUGACAGCAUCGUGUACAGAAACAGAAAACUGUGAGAAUGUGCAAAAGACUUGCCCUGUGAUUGCCUGUGGUUCUUCAGGAAUCAAUGGCCUCCCAGGCAAAGAUAGGCAUGAUGGUGCCAAGGGAGAAAAGGGAGAACCAGGUCAAGGACUCAGAGGCUUUCAGGGCCCUCCUGGAAAGGUAGGACCUCAAGGAAUGCCAGGGCCACCUGGGUUACCAGGACAAGUGGGCCAAAAAGGAGACCCUGGAGAUGAUUUGGGUAACUAUAUUAGCCAGGCUACUUCAGAAAGAGCAGCUCAGCAAUCAGAACUGGACCAGCUCAAAAAAUGGCUGAUCUUCUCUUUGGGCAAAAAAGUUGGGAAAAAGUUUUAUUUUACCAAUGGUGAAAAGAUGACCUUUGAUGAAGUGAAGACUCUGUGUGCCCAGUUCCAGGCCUCUGUGGCCAUUCCUACUAAUGCUGAAGAAAACAAGGCCAUCCAGGAUAUAGCCAGUGGAGGGGCCUUCCUGGGCAUCACAAAUGAGGAGACUGAUGGCCAGUCUGUGGCUCUGACAGGAAAGAGGGUGACCUACCAAAAUUGGCAUGAUGGUGCUGGUUCUGAGGAACAUUGUGUGACACUCCUGGUGGACGGCACAUGGAAUGACAUCACCUGUUCUGCCUCCUUUUUGGCUGUCUGCAAAUACUCUGCCUGA